GGCUGUGUCAGUCCCGUCAGUCCCGUCAGUCCCGUCAAACAAAAGUCAACUUUGGGGUUUGUUAUUGUGUCCUCUCGAGGCUUGAAUCCCGCGGUCGAAUCGCUGCCUGGACCUGCCUGGACCUCUCUGGACCUCUGCGGAUGCCCAUGGAGCGUCUCAUCAUCCAAAAUGAGGCCCAUAAGGCCGAACUGGGCCAGAGUCUGGUCCAAUCCCGCGCCUCGGGCUUGCAUUCCGACGUGAUCUUGCAUUGCGGGUCCGGACGCACUCAUACUUGUCACCGAUUGGUCCUGGCCUCCAUGUCGGAUUGGUUGCGAGACCUGCUGGCCCUCACCGAUCCCGAAUCCGAGGUCCACAUCAGCCUGCCCGAGAUGGAACCCGCGGUUUUGGAGAUCGUGGCCCAAUUCACUUACGAGGGUACGGUGAAAAUCCCCAAAACUUUGGUGGAGAAAGUCUGCGAAGCGGCCCAUCGACUGAAAAUCAAGUUUCUCAAAGAUUCCUUUGUUAAGAUCAAUCAAAAGGACUUUCAGGCUAUUAAAGAUGGGCGGAAAACGCUCAAACCUCUGAGCUCACCGCCGCUCAAUACCAGUCCCGCCGCAUCGCCCGUGAAACUCGCCAAGCCCGUUACCAAAAUGGUGAAAUCGCCACCCAAAGGGUUGAACCUACCGACAAAAGGGACGGACAAGAAUAAUUCCGCCGGUUCGGAUACGGAUUCGGCCGAAUCCGACGAAGAGAACAAUAGCAAUCCCACCAAACCUCCAGGUAUUGAGAGCACUAACGAGCUGGGCACUUCACCCAAAGCCGCCAAGAUCGCCAAUAAUAAUCGACGCCGAAUCAAGACUCAAGCGGGCAAAGACGUGAAGUCGCCCACGGGCAAGCCUCCAACCGCCGCUCAGCCUCCGCCUAAUAUCAUGUUCACCCUGACCAAGCAGCUUGAAGACGACAAGACCAACGCCAUUUCCGAGGCCGGCCAUCUCUUGGUUCAUUUUCAAAAGGACAGUAAUGCGGAGAACAAGAAUCCCGUCAAGCUCAAUCCGGCUUCACCCAACCUCCAAAAACGGGUCAUUCUCACCACGACCGCUGGACCCACCCUCCCCAAUCUUCCCCCUGGAGUCACUUUGCCCACCCGCCCCGCCAUAUCCCUGCCUACUGCGCCCGUGCCCUUGGCCAACGUGAAGAAAGUGGUCAUUCCGCCCAUGGUCCGUGGCAAACUAGGUAGCACGGCCGCUAAAUUUGUGGUCACCACCUCCACCCCACAAUCACCACCCUCAAUCACCCGUGGGGUCUCCUCCAUGGUCACGUUAGGAGGCAGUGGCGGAGGCAAGAUGCCGAUUCAAGUCCAGACGGUGCGACAACCGGACGGGCGAGAAAUCCGGGUGAUCUGUAAAACGCCCGGGACCACAUUCUUGAAAACAACCAUGGCUAAUACAUCGUCGUCCGUUCGGACUGUUCCUGGUUCAGGCCCUGCCUUGUCGAAAGAUGUUCUAGCAAGAGCCAUGCAAGCCAUCACAUCGACGGCGAGUGCCAUGCCCGGUAUGAAAGGGCUCAGUCCGAACGCUCCCGUGAUUCGGAUGGUCAGUCCAUCAAAAGCCAUGGGUCCCAAACCGACCCAAAUUGCACUUCAGCCCAAGCCCUCGAGCACCUCGGCCAAGGUUGUCGCUAAUAAAACCGUCACCAAAACCGUGCUUCCCACCCGGAAUCCCACUCUCGGCGCUCCCGCCCCGAUCUCCACCCAAUCAAAAGCCGAUCGCCUGAGUGUGAGUGCGCCCAAACCUGGCAUUCCGGCCACUGUUCCAGAUGACUUCUUGGAGGAUCCCAACGAGGAGAAAUCAAGUUCAGAUUCCAAGGGCUCUAUUAAGACAGGCUCGGAUAAAAAAGGCGCCAAUAAAAAUAAUAAGCGCGGGGCAACUAACACCCACCUCAAAUCUAAGACAACUUCCAACACUGAGGCCGUCAAAUCCAAAACAUUAUCGGCCAACAAAAGUAAAACCUCGCAAAAACCUGUGCCUGAGAUCGAUCCAAACGUGAGAAGUAGUGGCCGGGCCAGGAAGAUCAAUCCCAAGUACAAGAACGAUGACGACGACGAUGAAGAGGAAUCCGAGUCCAACUCUUCCAUACUAACUCCUCCACGCCCCUCCAACCCAAAGUCAAUCCCGGGAGCGGUUAAAAAAGCCAAUGUCUCCUCAGCUGUAUCCGCGCCCAAUGUCAAGAAGCGCAAACUGGAAACGACCGAGGAAGAGGCUGACGAGUCCAAGGGCGAGGCUGAAGAUCCUGAGAAUGGCCCAUCGCCGCCCAAGCAGGCCCGAUCUAGGCGGAGUGGAGCUCCUCCUCCGGAAUCACCCGCUCCCGCCAUCAAGAAAGAAAGCGGCUCUCCCAAAUCAACAGCCACCACUACCAAAUCAGCCAGUACAAAUGCCAGUGGCAGAAAUAAGCGAUCUGCAACUGCCACGCCCACCCCCAAGCCUACCUCUGCACCCGCCACUCGCAGAGUUCCCUCAAGGAGUGCCAAGUCUGAUUCGACUCUGCCGGAAAAGCGCGUUCGCAAACAAAGAAUCUUGUAAAGAGAGAGGUGUUUUUUGGUUUCAUCCGAUAUUCCUUUGAGUUUUACACGUUUUACAAGACUGGUCUCUGAACCUAUUUACAAAACCGAAGUAUCAAAUGACACAACGAUUUAUGAAGUUCAAAAUAUUAGAUAGUGUGUGUAUAUAUAUAUAUAUAUAUAUUGGGCCACUCAUGGUCAAAUGAUCCCUCCUCUUCAACUCUUUCCCACCACUCUGUUUUGAUCUGAUACUAUUGAUAGUUAUCACAAAUUCUUUGCGUAUCCAAUUGCUAUUCAUGUAAUUACUUUUGUUGCACAAUUUUGUUUGGCCUCUUUUUUAUUUGGUCCUCGUAACCUUGCUAUAAUGUAAAUUCGGAAUGAAUAUCUCUCGUUAUCUGGUUAUAAGAAUGAAAAUAUUCUUGACAACUGACAUUUAGCAAAUAAAAAGAUUUGUAAAAAAGCA